AUGGAAGCAUCGAGAUCAAACUUGGGUAUGUCUCUAAGGCCAUCUGUGCUCCGUCACACUGUAAACUUGCGUAAAAGGGUCACUCUGCUCUUGCCAGAAAACUUGGCUGGGAAUUUUAUGGGUUACUUUACAUCAAGGGCUGAAGAGAGUUUGAUAGAUCUAAAAGACUUGGCUUCUAAAAUCAGGAAAGGGAGCGAACAAGUGAAAGAAAAAUAUGCUGCAAAAGUAGGAUUUGAUUCUAAGGAGACAUGUCAAGAGCUAGAAGACCACUACAGAGACCUGAUAGAUAAUGAAGACAUAGACAACUAUAACUGCCCAAGCUUCUGUAGGUUUACUUUCUAUGAAACUCAUUUUGGAUGGGGAAAACCGGCAUGGGUGAGCUUCGCUAGUUUUCCGAUUAAGAAUGUAAUUGUUGUCAUGGUGCAUAGGAUGAUCUUGUCUUUGUAA